AUAACUUGGCGUGCCUCGCCCUUCAGUAAACCGCCGCGAUACGUGGUAUAACAGCCCCCUGAUUGGCUGGAAGGUCAGUCAGCUAUCUGGUAUUCAUUUUCACGAUACCAGGGUUUGUUGACAAACAAAGAACAGAGGGUUGAGCAGCAAGUACGACAAUUAAAUCUGCAAUAAAUAGAAAAGAUAUUUCUGUAGAAAAGAAAUAUCAAAAUGGCGGAGGUGAGAGUCAAAUUCAACGUGGCUAUGGUAAUAGCUUUGGUGAUCGCCGAGAUUUUCAGCGUGAUGUGGUAUACCCAUUACUCGCCCUGGUUCCACCACAUUGGACAUAGAUACCUGAUUCCGGCUCUCCUGUGUGACUGUAUCGUGGUCUACGUCCUCAAAUAUAUAAAAGAGGCCCAUUGGACCUGUCGAGGUUGGGAGGACAUGGCAGUACUGAGUCUAUGGGUGGCUCUGUUCUAUGCAGGAUUACAAGGCCCUCACUAUGUCUACGAUACCUACAGUGCAUCCUAUUUUAUGUACCAUGUCGCUCACAAAUUUGUGUUGUCUUUUAUCAUAUUGUUUGUACUUCAUAGCUUUAAAAAGUACUGAGUAGUCAUCAACUUAGUUUUAAACAAAUACAUAUCAUGUAGAAGUCAAAAUAUGUUCAAAAUUUCGUAUUACGUGUAUGUUUAUAUCAAAUGAUAUUAAUAAAAUGUUAUAAUCCUAA